GGACAUGGGUGUUCUGUUCUCACGCGUCCCUCACGUUUCUGCCCCCCGACACCCCACUCCGCCUCCUUUGAAAAAAAAAAAAAAUACGGGAGGAGGAGGAGGGUGAGGAAAAAAAAUACAGUGAAUUAUACAACGCCCCAGCUUUCCGCAGCUCCCUCCUCUCCUCUACAUUACUACUACAGCUGGUGGCUCCACAUGCGCCGCGGCGCUCAGUAGCCUUCAUCGGGCACACCGGCUCCAGUCUGUAGGCAUGUCGGCCGGUGGCUCUGAUGGGACGGCGGACAGGCCAGCAGACCCCGCUGCAGAGGCAGAGGGCCCAAUCCAAGCAGGCUCCUCGCUGCCAGCUGUCGAGAUGCCAAGGAAACGAAAGGGAGAUGUGGAGGAGCGGUCAGACACCCAUGUACAGCAAAGCCUCGACUUCCAAAUGGAUGAUGACCUCUGCAGAUCUGAAGGAGAGGAUCAGCAAGUCAAAAUGAAAUGCUUCAGGGAGCCUCACAGCCAGAUUGAGAAGCGGCGGAGGGAUAAAAUGAACAACCUUAUUGACGAGCUGUCUGCCAUGAUCCCUGCCUGUCAGCCCAUGGCUCGAAAACUUGACAAACUCACUGUGCUGCGGAAGGCUGUGCAACACCUGAAGGCCCUCAAAGCUGGGACAGGCAGCGCCUUUACAGACACCUACAAGCCUUCCAUCCUGCCUCAUGAUGACCUCAGGCACCUUCUGCUCAGGGCUGCAGAUGGUUUCCUGUUAAUUGUAAGUUGUGACCGGGCGAAAAUCCUGUUCAUCUCCGAGUCCGUCUCCAAAAUCCUUAACUUUAGCCGGCUGGAGCUGAGUGGGCAAAGCUUGUUCGAUUUCAUCCAUCCCAAAGACAUCAGCAAGGUGAAGGAACAGCUGGCGUCUUCGGAGUUGUACCCUCGCCAACGCCUCAUUGAUGCUGCAACUGGGGUUCAAGUCCAGGCGGAUGCCCCCGUCAGGCUGUCCCACUUGUCCACCGGAGCCCGGAGAUCCUUCUUCUGCCGCAUGAAGCACAGUCGGGUGACAGGGAAGCACGAGGACAAGCACUCGCUGCCCAGUAUUUCCAAAAAGAAAGACACUUACAGAUACUGUACCCUCCACUGCACUGGACACAUGCGGACUUGGCCGAGCAUCCAGCUGGACCCAGAGGGUGACACUGAGAAGGAAACCUCAAACCUGACCUGCCUGGUGACGGUGUGCCGCCUCCUCCCUCACGUGUCCCACCAGCCUUCCAAAGACAUCAACGUCAAGCCCGCUGAGUUUGUCACCCGCUGUGCGAUCGACGGCAAGUUCACCUUUGUAGACCAACGAGCCACGACAGUUAUCGGUUAUUUGCCUCAGGAAGUUCUGGGCAUGUCGUGUUAUGAGUACUUCCACCAGGACGACCUGCAGCACCUCGCAGAGAAACACAGGCAAGCUCUUCGAAGCAAAGAGAAGAUUGAGACGCCGUGCUACAAGUUCAAAACUAAAUACGGCUCCUAUGUUUCACUCCAAAGUCAGUGGUUUAGUUUCACAAAUCCAUGGACCAAGGAAGUUGAGUUUAUCGUGUCUUUAAACAGGGUUAUCUCCAGGGGGCCUGUUGCUCACGCAAAAGAUGAGGAGGCAGGCAGCUCAAAAGCACUUCAGGAAGCUGCAAAGCAAAUACCCAUAAUUCCCGGCCUUUCCAGUGGUGUGGGCACAAUGAUCUACGCAGGCAGCAUAGGGACCCAAAUCGCAAAUGAGCUCAUCGACUCCUACAGGAUGAACUCCUCUCCAUCAAGCGGGGCUUCCAGUCCGUUUGGCCUGGCCCAGGAGAAAUGUCCCCUUGUUUCCCCACAAACCAGCAGGAGUGAGUCCAGCAGAGAGGAGGCUGCAGGCAGUUCAUCACAGUCCCAGUCUGACUCAGGGACAGCAGCGGGGGCUACCAGUGCAACUUCUGAAUGUACAGAAAAGAGAGUGAUGCACCUGAUUUCAGGGGACCCUACUCUCACAGACCUGGGCUCCCGAGACAUGAGGUCUGCAGUUUUUGUAGCAACUACAGUAGAAGUGAACAAGCGAGCCGUCCCAGCUGGACUUGGACAGCAUGGUGGUGCCAAGCCUGAGCAGCUUCAGCAGCGAUGAGGCAGCCAUGGCGGUCAUCAUGAGCUUGCUGGAGACGGAUGUAAACAUGGGUCAACUGGGAGACUUUGAGGACUUGCACUGGCCUUUCUAGAGGGCGCGCAGACUUUCAGCCCCUCUCACAUGCUCUUGUGCCGUUUUCCGAGAACUUGGGCGUACAGUUGUUCAUUUUGUGACCGACUGAUCUGGCCUUGUACAACUGAACCCACUGGACUUGUACCAAAGGCCGCAAAGGUCGCACUUGAGGAAGCCUGACAGUUAGAAGUUGAUUAGAAUUAUUAUGACUGUGGAUCCCGCGAGUUUAAAGUGUCCCCGGAGUCUGUGAUGAUUCAGUGUCUUCGUCAGUGACACUUCAGCAUCCUCAGAGGGGCUAAAACCCAGAUUUUCCACUGCAGAGCGAUCUAUCUAUUCGCUCUGCUUGCCCCCAAUGAGUGACCAAGGUCUGGAGGAGAAUCAGACUCCUGCCAUGUGCAGUGCUGCUAGAGAAACUCCUCAAACCUUUGACCUUUGCAAAACCUUUUGUACCCAGCCAUGACUUAACAUGGUCUGAUUGUUCCAUUUUUUACUCUGUUUUUUAAAGAUCCCAUUUUAAGUCAUGUAAAAAAUGAGCAGAGUAGUGAUGAGUAGUGUUUAUCUGAUAUUGUGUCAAAUAAGUACUGAAGAAGGCAAAAAAAAAAAGUCUAACCCUUCUCCCCUUUAUUGAGAAUUGCAGACUCAUUAAAUAUGCAAAUAUAGAGAUACCUCAGGCCUUGCGCCACACCCACCACCGCUACUGGUCCAGCUACGCUAUUUGAAAGAUUUUAUGUAGCACAGCCACACAAAACACAUGUACUGUAUCAGUUAAAAGAAGUCCAGAUGAUUCUAAUCAUGUUUUUAUGUUUAGAAAUGAUUCGGAAAGCAUGUCGGCACACUGCAACCAUCAUUUUGCUGAACUGGCCAAACAACUCUCAUACACUUUGAAUGGCAUAGAAUCAUCAUAUGAUCAGAUCACACAAGCCCAGCUAAGUCUAACAAUGCUGGGUGUGUGCACGUUCAGAACUGAUUAUUAAAGAAUUAUUCUACUUUGAGCCGGUAGAAAAUUUAUGUGGCCAAACGUUUUUACACUUAAAUUACAAGAGAUCCACAUCUGGCACCACCAACACACAAUGUCUGAUUUUACCAGCUAGCUAAUAACAGCUAUUAGCAAUGAGCGCUAACACUAUCAAAAACUACCAAGGAAAUGUGUUUCAUGGAGAAAGCUUUACUUUGGGACUGCUUUUAAUAAAAUAAGUACUUGAAUCUUGACUCCUGUUUCCGGUUUGGUCCCAGGAUAAAUAGUUGGCAUGGAAACAGGCUCUACAUUUUUAACAAAACUCACACAAAUACAACCAAGUUCUUUCCAUGAUGUUUCUCAGUAUGUAAAGGGAAGCUGGAACUGAACAAUACAUCUUUAGUUUCAAAAGUUUAACCCCUCGAUGAACCAGCCUUCACUGAAAAGUCAGUUUUUUGUGUUUUACUUUGCACUUGUGUCAUUUGCAUAUUGGAACAUUAUUGGCUACCAGUUGUGAUGUCACAAAUCAUACUGAUAUGUAGACGUCUCAACUUUAGAGAAAUCUUCUUCUUAUAAGAGGAAUGUGACAACAGUAACCAUCGAGAAAAGAACUAAUUUGAGGGGACGGGGUCUUUCCAUGGAGUAUUUCUCCAUAAAGUUUGUAAAAUGUCUGUUUUCAUUUUGAAUGUGCUCUAAAUGACUGAGCCUUAGUAUGCCUAUACUGUGUGUUCACAUAUCAUAUAUUUACUGUACUCCAGAGAGUUCUGUGAAGGUAAUCUACACUGAAGUCCUGAGAAAAUAUGGAAGGUCCACUAUGGAUGGGAGAAUGUUUUCCAGUGUUAACAAGGGACAAGCCAACAUGUUUUUAGGACAGAUUUUAAUACUGUUGUGUCAUGUCUUAUAUACCAAUCCUCCUUACCCUUCCUGUCGCCCCAGAAUAGUAUUUGAACAGCCUACCACUGCGUUGAAAUUUGCCAUAGUAUUUGUAUUGCUAGGGAGACAGUGAUGUUGCAGUUUAUCUAUUUCUGAAUGUCCCAUUACCACAACAGUGUAUUGUAAAAGAAAACUCCACCUUGAAGCAUCUCGACAUUGUUUAAAAAACAGCUUUUCUGGAUCAAUUUAGUUGUUUGGUGUUUUUUUUUAAAAACUUUUUUACCAGGAGAAAUUCAUUCAAAUUCAACAUUCAUAUAAAUCCAGCAACUACAAUAGAGUUUAAUAGCAAAACAUGAUUUGGUGAUUUGAAGCAUUUACAGUAAUCAUCAGGCUUUGGUGUCAUUCCAAAAUCAACAAGCAAAAUGAAAGCUCAUCAGUGGAGAGGCAGAGCAGAGAGGCCAAAUUUAACAUCCUCAUUAGCCCAAGAAAGUCCAGAAUGCAAUGCAGCCACAAGACAGGUUGAGGUUUUUUGGUGAUCCAUUUAUCAUGUUACUGAAUGUGAAUGUAUAGUGUGAGUAUGUGAACACUGAUUUAAAAUUUUGAUUUCCGUGUUUAAUGAUUGUUUACAAUAUAACAGCAACAAACAGAUAAAACAAUAAGUCACA